AUGUCCAGAAGCUCCGACCUCCUGCUUGAAGUACGAAACCUAAGAUGCUUUCUUGAUAGAGGGAUCCCGGUGUUAUGUGAUAUAAGCUUCGAUGUCUAUCAGGGUGAUAUACUCGUUCUGCAAGGAAAGAGCGGGUGUGGGAAAUCUACGCUUUUGAAGUGCCUUGCGCAUCUGAACGUGUAUGAUGGAAAUAUAUUGUUUCGUGGACAGACACCGAAAGAACUCGGUAUACCAAACUAUCGAACGCACGUCCUCUACGUCCCCCAACGUCCCUCUCUCCUCCCAGGCUCACCAAAAGACUUCAUAGCCCAACUCAACUCAUUCAGCGUGCACGCGUCCCGCGAGAAACAGCGUGUCCAAUCCAUCACCAACGGCGACAGCGACACGUCACGGAAGAGUUUACUCGAACGCGCUAUGGAAGUAGCUAACGAGUGGGGCGUGGAAGAAGGGACGUGGGAUAGACCGUGGGCGACGUUAAGUGGCGGAGAGGCACAGAGGAUCUCACUCGCUACUGCUGUUGGACUUGAUUGUGCGGAUAUCCUUCUUUUAGACGAACCGACCUCAGCUCUAGAUUCAGACACAAGCACCCGCGUCGAAACACACCUCCAAAACCUCCUAAAAACACCCCACGCGUCCCUAAAAGCACUCAUCUGGAUCACACACUCCCCCGAGCAAGGACAUCGCGUCGGAACACGCUUCCUCGAACUCUCAAACGGGUGCUGUCAAGAAGUUCUAAUACCCACCAACACAGUGUAA